AUGAAGUUGAUGAUAAAUUAUAGAUCUUUUAAAAAUACUUUAUUUUCUUCUUAUUCUUCCUUUAAUGGUAAUUUCAUGUUUGCCCGUUUACAUCAUUUCUUACAUUCUUCAUUAACUACUACUACUACUACCACCACUACAUCUACUACAUCAUCAUCUCAUAGAUCUUAUACAACAAUGUCAUCUCCUAUUAACUCACUUACCACUCAGUUGGAUUCAAUAGCUCCACGAUUCUUGUUGAAAAAAGGGGAUAUAGAAGUUAUGAAUGAACCAAGGGUAUUUUACAAGACUUUAUUAAACAAGAUUUCUACUGCCAAAAGUAGGAUUUUUUUAAGUACACUUUAUAUUGGGACUAAACAACAUGAAUUGAUCCAAUGUAUUUCUGAUGCUAUGGAAAAGAAUGAUGAUUUACAAGUUUAUAUUUUAACUGAUGCUCUUAGAGGUACAAGAGAAGCUCCAAAUUUAUGUAGUGCUUCCUUAUUGGCACCUUUAGAACAGAAGUUUGGUAGAAGAAUCGAUAUUCGCAUGUAUCAUACUCCUCAUUUGGCUGGAUUCAGUAAGAUGUUGGCACCAAAAAGAAUUAAUGAAGGUUGGGGUUUACAACAUAUGAAAUUAUAUGGGUUUGAUCAAGAAAUUAUACUAAGUGGAGCUAACUUAUCCGAGGAUUAUUUCACUGAUAGACAAGAUCGUUAUUAUUUAUUUAAAGAUCAACCUUUAACUGAUUAUUAUUUUAAGAUUCAUAAAGCUAUAGCAUCAUUGUCUUAUAGAAUAGUUCAUACCUCCAAAUUGAAACAAGGUUUUAAAAUGACUUGGCCAACAUCUAAUGCAAGUGGUGAACCUCAUUUGAAUUUACAAAGAUUUAUCAGUGAUUCUUCACAUUUGUUAACACCAUUAUUGAAACAACAGCAAUUGAAUUCUUUUGAGGAGUUUGAUAAUUCUACAGAAUAUGAUACCGUGGUAUACCCAGUAUCUCAAUUUACUCCAUUAUUUCCACAAAAUCAAGAUCAACUGACUGAGAAACCAGCUAUAUUAAGAGUGUUAUCAUAUGGUGAUUCACCAAAGGUUAAAUGGUGGUUCACAGCAGGUUAUUUCAAUAUGUUGCCAGAAUAUCAACACAGAUUAUUAAAUGGUAAAUCACAAGGCACCAUAAUAACAGCGUCACCAAAAGCCAAUUCAUUUUACAAAUCACCAGGUGUUUCCUACUAUUUGCCACAAGCUUAUCUUUUAUUUGCCAAACAAUUUAUCGAACAAGUUAAGAAAUUGGGAAAAUCAACAUUGAUUACCGUAUAUGAAUGGCAAAAGGGUGUAGUUAACACUCCUGGUGGAUGGUCAUAUCAUGCUAAGGGGUUAUGGAUCACCGGCCCAAGAGAAAAUGAACCAAGUAUUACAGUGGUUGGAUCAUCUAAUUAUACCAAACGUGCAUAUUCCUGUGAUUUGGAAAGUAAUGCUAUCAUUAUAACAAAAGAUGAAGAACUUAAGAAGAAAAUGAAGGGAGAAAUAGAUCAUAUAAUGAAAGAUGUUAAAGAGUUGACUUUAGAAGAUUUUGCUCCAAGAUUAGAAGCCAACAAAGAAGAACAAGAACAACAGCAUUCCUUGCAAGAACCUAAAUAUAUUCUUGAUGAAGAUAGAAAAAUAAGUUAUGGUGUUCAUCUAGCUGUCAAGUUGUUAGGAGGAAGAUUAUAA